UUCAAGAUCAGUCUGGACAAAACUACCAUCCUUUUAUCUUCUAAAGAAGCUUUUUCUUCAUCAGAUCCAGCAAACGGAGAAAUCAAAAGUUAAGUUUCCUGGAGCCAAGAAGCCAAUGGAAGAAGAAAAGCCAUGGGUGCUGAUCUCUGAGGUUGGGGGGGACCAUGGGUAUCUAGAAGAACUGGCUGAUAUUGUGAAGCAACACUUCCGGAUCAUCUGCCACAAGGAACUAUUGGAGAACCCAGAGCUUCAUGGUCCUAAAAUCCAGGCCCUGUUGAACUGGAAGUACUGCCCUGUGGUGGAACCCACACUGCUCAGGCUGCUUCCUGCCCUCAAGGUGGUAGCCAGUGGUGGGGUGGGCGUCGACCAUCUGGACGUGCCUUUCAUCAAUAGCCUCGGCGUGAAGGUGACGAACACUCCGCGAGUGGUUAGCGACUCCACGGCAGAUUUAGCCAUGGGGCUGCUUUUGGCUUCAGCUCGCAGGAUUUUGGAGGGUCAUCAGGUUGCGAUCGACCCAAAAACGGUUCAUAUUCCUCAAAGGUUGAUGGGAGUGCAGGUGACAAAUGCCACCAUUGGGAUCAUUGGAAUGGGUGAGAUUGGGUACAAGAUCGCCCAAAGAGCCAAAGGUUUUGACAUGAAGAUUGUGUACCACAACAGGAGGAGAAGGAGUGCAGAGGACGAGCGGGCGGUGGGAGCGACGUUCUGCCAGAGUCUAGACGAGCUGCUCGGUACCUCCGACUUUGUGAUGAUCGCGGUUAAAUUCACCCCUGAAACGAGAGGCCUGAUUGGACACAGAGAGCUAUCAAUCAUGAAGCCCACAGCGACUCUGAUUAACAUCAGCAGAGGCCAGGUUGUGGACCAGGACGCUUUGGUUGAAGCUCUUCAGUCGGGAAGCAUUCAAGCCGCGGCGUUAGACGUGACUCACCCUGAACCUUUACCCAGGGAUCAUCCUCUUCUGGGUCUCCACAACGUCCUCAUAACCCCCCACAUCGGGAUCAACACCUUCACUACAGCGAGGCAGAUGGUGGAGAAGAUGGUGAGGAACGCCGUGGCUGCUGUGGAGGGCUCACCUGUUCCAGAUGAAGUCAAGCUGCAGUGAAAACCACACAUCAGAGGCAUCCUAAAACUUAAGCUCAGGCUGAAUAACACACUCAGCAUAAAAAGCACGUUCUCAUCUUUGACAGAAAAUCUCAGAGAUCUUUGUUUGUUUGUUGUUUUAAUCUG